AUGUCGGCCGCCAACCCCGACGCGCCCCUGACGGGGGCCGCGCAGACCAUCGACCGGCAGACCCUCACGGCCAUCAUCUGGAUCUGCUUCUCCGUCGCCAGCCUCUUCGUCGCCCUGCGGCUCGCCGUCCGCUGGCGCCAGAACCGCUCCCUCCUCGCCGACGACUACUGCAUCCUCUGGGCCUGGGCCUGCCUCCUCACCAUGUCCGCCCUGCAGACGCGGCAGCUCGACGCCCUGUACUACACCACCCACCUCGCCGCCGGCCGCAUCCCCGUGACCGCCGAGGCCGGGCCCAUAACGGAGGAGCUGACCCGCUGGCAGUUCCCCAUCAUCAAGCUGUUCUGGACCGUGCUGUGGUCCGUCAAGGCCAGCUUCAUGGCCCUCUUCUACCGCCUCGUCCGGCCCUUCGCCGUGCGCCGCCGGCUGUGGUACUGCGUCGCCGUCUUUGCCUCCCUGGCCUACGUCGGCUGCUGGCUCGCGAGCACCUUGACAUGUAGUCCUCCGUCGGACUACUUCAGAGCUGGAAAAUGCAACCCCCCCCACGAGAUAUGGAUGCAGACCUUUAACGUCCUCUACUCGACCGCCGUCGACAUCGCCUCGGACCUCAUGAUCAUGGCGCUCCCCCUCACCGUCCUGCCCUCGCUGCAGCUCGACGCGAGGCGCAAGGUCGGCCUCGGCGUCGCCUUCAGCCUCGCCGUCAUCAUCAUCUGCGUCGCCGUCGUGCGCAUGACCCAGAUCGUCCGGGGCGGGACGGUCGACCUCGUCGGCCUCGCCAUCUGGGGCGCCGUCGAGACCGCCACCGCCGUCGUCGUCGGCUCGCUGCCGCCCCUCAAGGCCCUCCUGACGCGCGGCGUCAGGAAGUACCACUCCAGCGCCAAGAAGCCCUCGCAGAGGUAUUACGCCGGCGGCGGUCACGGGAGCGUUCCGGGGACCACCGCGGGCGGUGCUGGCGGAGGCGGCGGCUACGGGCCCGACACGAGGUCGCGGUCCGUCAUGGUUACCGAGUCGAUACCGCUGGACGACAUGCACAGGAGCAGCCAGAUGGACGGGAGAAUCUACGUGCAGCGGACGUACGAGACGCACGUCGAACACGACAACUCGUCGAGGGAGGGCGACGACGACGACGAGGCGGCGAUAGUCAAGGGGAAGACGAAAGCGUGGGCGGCUUAG